AUGACAGAGAGCAAUAAAGAUGAUGACUCGGUGGUGGGAAAUACAGAUAAUGCAAUAGCAGCAGGAAAUGAUUUGAAGAAUCAAAGUUCGGGUUUGAGUGAGAACAGAAAGGAAGACGAGUUAUUAGCAUCCUUGAUUCGAAAAAAGCUUCCUCAGCAGUCUUCUUCACUCGCAUGUAGCUGCAUAUUUAGAAUCCCUCAUAUAUUACGCAGGGGUAAUGAAAAUGUUUUUGUUCCAAACCUAGUUUCAAUUGGGCCAUAUCACCAUGGACAUGAGGACCUGAAAGCCAUUGAAGAAAUUAAACAAUGGUAUUUGCAUUGUCUCCUUGAGCGUAGAGGCAAUCAGGAGGCCAGUAUGAUGUCCUUUGUGAAAGGCAUUAGAAGCAUGGAAAAAUACUGUCGUGAUUGCUACGGAGAAAAGGUUAAUUUAAGUAGUGAUGACUUUGUGGAAAUAAUGGUGGUUGAUGGUUGCUUUAUAAUUGAACUCUUCCGCAAGUAUAUUACUGAUGCUACCGCUGGAAAGUGUGCAACAAAGGUUUUCCCAGAAAGGGAUGAUCCUGUGUUCGACACAUCAUGGAUGAUCGCGACGCUCCUAUACGACUUGCUUCUACUUGAAAAUCAGAUUCCUUGGAGAGUUCUCGACUGUUUAUUCAAGCUCACAAGAGAAAACGAUGAAAUAGAAGAAACUUCUCUAUCCCAGCUUACUCUCAACUACUUCGAGUUUUACACCUUAGGGCGAUAUCCAAAGAAAAUUGAAGAAACAGGAAGCAAGCAUUUACUUGACUUUAUAAGAAGAUGUUUACUAGGAGGAACAAAAGAGGAUAGUACUAAUAAUCAUCCUACCACAGAUUGGGCUCCAAUCCCUAGCGUCACAGAGCUUCUACAAGCUGGAGUCAAAUUUCGACGUACUGACGAUAGCAUGCUCAACAUAACCUUUGAAAAUGGAGUUAUGAAAAUUCCACCGAUCGUGGUUAACGAAAAUGGCGAGUCCCUCUUCAGAAAUCUCAUUGUUUACGAGCAGUGCGAAGCCAGCGUGUACGAAUGUAAAAUUACAUCUUAUGCUGUGGUGUUGGAUAACCUGAUCAACACCAGCUCGGAUGUGGACAUUCUGAUGCAGAAAGGAAUUUUAUUUACCCAUUUAAGCAAGGAGGAUAUAGCUAGCUUUUUCAAUAAGCUUUACAAUAACACCAUCCCUGGCCAUUUCUCUUAUAAAGAGCUCACUGACAAAGUGAAUGAGCAUUAUCACGGUCGCUUCAAUAGAUGGAAAACAAUUCUCGCACGUGAUUAUUUCAACAAUCCGUGGUCAACUUUGGCAUUUGCUGGUGCCCUCUUGGGUUUGGGUUUGACCUUCAUGCAAACCUUAUAUGCCAUCCUGGCUUACAAGGCUCCUAAAGGUGAUGAAGGCUAUCAUUAUCCAUGA